AUGGGGGUGGAGGCAGCGGGGGGCGUGGAGCCCCAGCACCUGACGGCAGCGCUGCAGCAGAGCGCCGACCGCCUCACACCCACGGGGCUACCGCAGGACCAGCGCGUCGUCAUGAAGGUCCUGACGACGUUGGACCUGACGUCGCUGGGUGUUGGGUCGUGCGUGGGGACGGGUAUGUACCUGGUCGCCGGCAUGGUCGCCAAUACCAUCGCUGGUCCCAGUGUCAUCCUGUCCUUCAUCAUCGCCGCCAUCGCUUCCAUUUUCUCAGGCGUGUGCUACGCAGAGUUUGGUGUACGUGUGCCUAACACGUCUGGGGGAGCGUACAUGUACAGCUACGUAACGGUGGGAGAGUUCAUGGCGUUUGUGAUUGGGUGGAACAUGAUCCUGGAGGAACUUAUCGGUACAGCGGCCUGCGCCUGCGCCCUCAGUGCCUGUUGUAACGUCAUGUUGGGGGGUGGCAUCAAUGAUGCCAUGCAGAGCAUCUUUGGCACCGUAUUCGGUCGCCCACCCGACGUUCUAGCGUUCCUCCUGACGCUGUUCAUGGGCGCCGUUCUGAUAGCGGGCGUCCGCAAGAGCGUCGCGUUCAACAACGUGCUGAACAGCGUCAACUUCUGCGUCUGGGUCUUCAUGAUGAGUGCAGGCCUCUUCUAUGCUGACACCAGCAACUGGACCGAGCAUGGCGGCUUCAUGCCACAUGGCGUCUCCGGAGUUCUAACAGGCGCAGCGACCUGUUUCUACGGGUUCAUCGGCUUCGACAUCAUCGCGACAACGGGGGAAGAAGCCAUCAACCCCGUGAAGAGCAUCCCUAGAGCCAUCGUCAUGUCCCUCUUCAUCAUCCUAAUGGCCUAUGUUUCAUCAUCAGCACUCAUCACACUCAUGGUGCCGUACUCGAGGGUGGACCCUGACGCGGCGCUCGUGGACGCGUUCGACGCCGUAGGUGCAACGGGCUGCAAGAACGUGGCGGUGGUUGGGGCGCUCGCCGGCCUCACUGUGUCCAUGUUCGGCACCAUGUUCUCUCUGCCCAGGAUCGUCUACGCUAUGGCCAAGGAUGGUCUUAUCUUCAAGUCACUCUCGAGCGUGUGGCCGGUGACCGGCACCCCGGCUGUAGCUACGGCCGUCUUCGGCGCCGGCAGCGCAGUGGCCGCGUUGCUCUUCCCUCUAACACUAUUAGUGGAGAUGAUGUCCAUAGGUACACUGCUGGCUUACACGCUGGUCUCGACAUGUGUGUUGAUAUUGAGAUACCAGCCCCACUCCAGUACGCUGGUAGAGCUGCUACCAGAGAGCAUCAGGACACCUAUGGCCGGAACCCCGGUGGUGGGUUCACCUACAGGCGGUUCCCCUACACGUCGCAAGAUGGGGGUGGAGGCAGCGGGGGGCGUGGAGCCCCAGCACCUGACGGCAGCGCUGCAGCAGAGCGCCGACCGCCUCACGCCCACGGGGCUGCCGCAGGACCAGCGAGUCGUCAUGAAGCGCGUGACGCGAGCGCCGUCGGAUUCAGACGACGAUGAGGAGGAAGGCUCCGUGGACUCGCGCAAAGAGGACGAGUUCAUGGUGGGGAGCGACGCCGCGCCCCAGCACAGGUACUACGGAGCGGUUCCCUCGGCUACUCAGAAGCCACAGCCUCUGCACAGACGCGUGAUCGACGUGUUCUGGCAAACACUGCCACAGUUCCUGCCCAUCGAUGUGGACGCUGCGUGCACUGAGGAGACGGGGCGCUCAGCCGCCCGACUUGUUGGUUUGUUGUACCUUAACAUUAUUGCGCUGGACGUGGCGCUGGUGCAAGGGAUAGAGGCGCUAGAGGACCUCUCUCUGCUCAUGUGGUUCUUCGUCAUCGUUCUCUUCAUCGGCGUCCUCGUCAUUAAUAAUUUUUUGGGCAGAACUGCAUUGCCGUUCCUGGCGCCUUGUCUGCCGUGGGUGCCAUCUACCGCCAUCCUGGUCAACAUCUACCUUAUCCUCAAACUCAACCUCCUCACACUCAUCCGCUUCAUCGUCUGGAUGUCCAUAGGUCUGGCCAUAUACUUCUACUACGGCAUCCGCGAGAGCACAGUAGACAGAGAGUCCGGUGACAUCUGUCUUAAGGUGACCUCACCAGGUCACAAACACACCACAACCACCAGCAUCAGUGGCAACAACAUCACCACCACCCUCACAAACGAUCAUAACCUCAUCAACAACCAAAAAUUAGAUGUCAAGCACGAACUACAAGAACCUCGUGUAGCUAAAAUGAACCACGCUUCGGUAAAUAUUCAACCCCAAACCCUGCCAGGGUCCUACAAGCCCAAACCUCCUAAACCCCCGCCUCCACGAACUACCGAAGAGAGCAGCAACGGUGAGACCAAAGAGAGCAGCAACGAAGAGACCAAAGAGAGCAGCAACGAAGAGAGCGAAGAGAGCAGCAACGAUGAGAGCAAUGAGAGCAGCAACGAAGAGACCAAAAAUAGCAGCAACGAAGAGACCGAAGAGAGCAGCAACGAAGAGACCGAAAAGAGCAGCAACGAAGAGACCGAAGAGAGCAGCAACGAAGAGACCGAAGAGAGCAGCAACGAAGAGAGCGAGGAGAGCAGCAACGAAGAGACAAAAAAGAGUAGCAACGAAGAGAGCGAGGAGAGCAGCAACAAAGAAAGCAAUGAGAGCAGCAACCAAGAGACCAAAAAGAGCAGCAACAAAGAGGGCGAGGAGAGCAGCAACGAAGAGAGCGAAGAGAUCAUCGUUCACACUAGUUCAGGCCACAAUAUAGGCCCUGAUGACACAUUUUCUGAUUGUGACAACGAUCCGCUCUAUGGCAACGACAACGAUCCACUCUAUCGCAACGACAACGAUCUGCUCUAUCGCAACGACAACGAUCCACUCUAUCGCAACCACAACGAUCCGCUCUAUCGCAACGACAACGAUCCGCUCUAUCGCAACGACAACGAUCCGCUCUAUCGCAACGACAACGAUCCACCCUAUCGCAACGACAACGAUUCGCUCUGA